AUGUCGCCGAAUCCGGAUAUCCGCCCUUGGGCGCGUAAGCCGCAGCACAAGUACAUUCUCAAGAAUGCAAAUAUUGUCGAUGCUGCUGAAGGCCGAGUGAUCCCUGGGCAGAGCGUCUCCCUGGCGGAUGGGAAGAUCGUGUCUAUUUCCAAUGGCGCUAUUGACGAUGCUGGCUUCACCUCUAUCGAUGCUACCGGCAUGUACUUAUGCCCGGGGCUGAUCGACUGCCACGUCCACAUCUCCUUCACGCCUGGUACCGACACGCUGGGCGACCUGUUCGGAGUCGAUGCGAGAGAGUCGUACUUCAGGCAGCCGUGGGUCUGCAACGAGAUGUUGAAGAAGGGCUUCACGAGCGUGCGAGACACGGGAGGCGCGACUUUCGCGCUGAAGGAGGCCAUUGCCGACGGCGUCUUUCCUGGGCCGCGGCUGUUCAUCUCCGGCAAGGUGCUCUCCCAGACGGGCGGCCACGGAGACUCUCGCGCCAGACACGAAAUCGGCAGCUGUUGCGGGGGUCGGAUAUCCUCCCACUGCCAGCAGAUAUGCGACGGGGUACCGGACUGCCUGAGAGCCGCGCGGCAAGAGCUGAGGAUCGGGGCAGACUUUGUCAAGGUCAUGGCCGGGGGUGGAGUCGCCAGCCCCUUCGACGCCGUAUCUGACAUACAGUUCACGCCGGAGGAGGUCAAGGCCAUCACGACGGUGGCCAAGGGCCGCGGCACCUACGUCACUGCGCACGCCUACACUCCCGACGCCAUCAAAAUGGCCAUCGAGAACGGCGUGCAGUGCAUCGAGCACGGGAAUCUCAUCGAUGCCGAAGUAGCCAAGCUCAUGGCGGACAACGACGUCUACCUUGUCCCGACACUGGUCGCGUACUCGGAGAUGGGCGACAGCCGCUGGGCUGGAUUCCUGCCGCCCAAGAACCUGGACAAGAACGCCCAGAUCCUAGACAGGGGCCUGGAGUCGCUGCGCAUCGCGCGUGAUGCCGGGGUGACAACCUGCUUUGGCACAGACCUCCUUGGACCCCUCGUGUCAGCCCAGACCAAAGAGUUUGCUAUACGAUCGCAGGUGCUCUCAGCGCUUGAAAUCCUGCAGAGCGCAACGACCAAAGCGGCUAAACUGGUUCGGCACGAGGGCAGCCUUGGUCAAAUCAAGGAGGGAUUUAUCGCAGACAUUCUGGUCUUGAACGCAAAUCCGCUCGAUGAUAUCACGAUCUUUGACAAGCACACCGAGCACCUAUGUACUGUCAUCAAGGAAGGCAGAGUUGAGUUCAGUCGCUGGCAGAACUUGCCUCCAGAUGUUUAG